GAGUCACUCCAUCACUGCGCCCGAGCGCCGCCCGACGUACGUGUAUUGUAUGAGAAUAAAUAAUUGGCUCCCGUAUUCUUCUUUUGACGAGCUCGCUGCCCGGCCCAUUAUGUGCCGCCGAUCGCCGCCUGCGGCAUUUGGACGCCACUGACGACGCUCCCGGUCGUCUCCGCGCGAUCUCUCCGCCAUCACGAUGAAUGCCUCCGAUCGAGACGGCUACAUUCGCAACUGUACUCCACCGGCUAUCGACGACUUCCCCCCAGGACUGUUCACGGAGCUGCAAAGACAGCAUGGAGCUAUCGUCUUGCAUGCACUUAUUUCUAUCUACCUCUUUCUGGCUCUUGCCGUCGUCUGCGAUAAGUUUUUUGUACCAGCAGUCGAUAGAAUAUGUACUGCACUCAAUAUGACAAACGAUGUAGCUGGUGCAACGUUUAUGGCAGCGGCUACGUCGGCACCGGAACUGUUCGUGAAUGUUAUCGGUACUUUCAUAACAGAAGGAGAUAUCGGAGUCGGUACCAUCGUGGGAUCCGCUGUGUUUAACAUCCUUGCAGUAGCUGCUUGUUGCGGUAUAGGAGCAGGAAUGGUGGUACCUCUAGACUGGUGGCCUUUAACAAGAGAUUGCCUCGCCUAUGGAAUAACAGUCUCGAUUCUUAUCUGUAUCAUGCACGACGAAUACGUGCAAUGGUACGAAGCCUUCCUCCUGGUCUUAUUAUACGGGGUUUACAUUUGUAUCAUGUAUUAUGAUAAAUCUAUUCAAAAUUUUGCCAAAGGAAGUUGGAAAUGUGUUUCCGAUAUGUUAAAGAAAGAUGGCGAAAAGCAAGAUAAUUCUUUGCCUGUUGACAAUGAAAAUAAAGAUUCUAAGUCAACGUCAACAAUUAAGAAUGAGUUGACAGUAGAUCACCACCAACACAAUGGUAAUAUCAAAAGUAUAUCUCUCUACACAGAUGCAAAUGAAAAGAAAGCAGUAGUAGAUACUUCUCUUCAGAUUGAAAAAAGUAAGAAUGAUGAUGAUAGUAUAAAUGUGCAAGUUGACCCUAAGGUUAGUACUAUGGAAAUCGCAAUUCAAGGAGAUAAUCAAGAAAUCAUUCAAGAUAUAGAAGAGGCUAGCAAGGAACCGACAGAUAAGUAUGAACAUUCACUAUGGAAAUGGCCAUCUGGACGAAGUAAACUUACAAAGAUAACGUGGCUGAUAACUUGGCCAAUUCAUCUCGUGUUUCUUUUCACGAUUCCGGAUUGCGAGAAACCUCGAUUUAAGAAUUGGUUUCCGUUGACUUUUAUCAUGUGCAUUGUCUGGAUUGGUUCACUUUCUUACAUUGUUGCGUGGAUGAUUACUAUAAUCGGUGAUACACUGAUGAUACCAGACUCAGUUAUGGGUAUUACGUUCUUAGCUGCAGGAACCUCAGUCCCAGAGGCUGUUUCAAGUGUAAUUGUUGCUAAACAAGGACACGGAUCGAUGGGUAUAAGCAACUCGAUUGGAUCAAACACUUUCGACAUACUUCUCUGUUUAGGACUACCUUGGCUUAUUAAAGCCUCACUCACACCAGCAGAACCUGGCCACUAUUGGGUGAAGAUAAACUCGAUGGGCCUGGAAUACUCGGCCAUUUCGCUGUUGUCGACUCUUCUGUUGCUGUACCUUACUUUCUGGUUUAACAAGUUCAAACUAGAUGCAGCUGUGGGCAGAGCGUGUUUGGCUAUGUACGCUAUGUUUUUGGUGCUAGCUACACUUAUUGAGUUGAAUGUCUUCUUCCCGGUGAAUGUGCGCACUUGUAGGAGAACCGAGCUUAAAGUUUGAAAUAUUAAACAGUGAUCUGAAUUUUCUUCAUCUACAUUGAUGAUUACAAUUUUAUAAAUGUUUAAGAAUUUUAAUGUUUUAAAGCAAUUUUCAAUGUUCGUUUUGUUACAAAAUUAGUAUUUCGAGUACGUCUUUAAACUUAUUUUAUUAUUAUUGAAAUUAGAGAAAAAAAUGGUAGAGUAUAUUUUAAUACUAAGAUUACUUUCAUUAAUGAAUAAAAUAAAGAGCAUUUAGGUUUUAUUUAGUUUAAGCGUGGAAAUGACUUGACACUUUUCCGUUUUGUUUUAAACAAAAUGUUGUAAUAUAAUAUUUUUAUUUUUUCAAUGUGCAAAUUGCUCUUUUUUGUUUUUUUAUUGUGACACAACAUACCAAAGAGUUGUAAAGCAUAUUAUGUGGACAAUAUUUAGAAUGAUAAUCGAUUUUCCGUUUAUAAUACUGUUUUCAUCUAUUCCAUUCAAAAACUGAUGAUUUGGCGGUCUUUGCUUCUACCAUAAUGUAAUUAUGGAGUUUGGAUCAUGAUGUAGCAAAGGUCCAAUCAUUCAAUCGUCCAUGUCGAAAGCGAAACUUUUUUAUUUUUCUUCGGUAUAACACUAUAAAUCGUGGCAACCUUUGGUCUGACACCGUCAAAGAUAUAAACUUUAAGUUCGCCAGGUUGCUAUGCAGCUAUGAGAAAAUGAUUUCAUGAUGUUAUUUACCAAAGCCACCAUGAUAAAAACUCCAUAAUUGCCUACCGUACUCGUAUAUUUGUGGUAGUUCAAUCUUUUAUCGUUAAAUAAUCAUGAAGUUCUGGCCCCCCAUUCUCUUGAUCUAAUACCUAAUUAUGUUCAACAAAAAAGUACAAAGUCAAUAAAAAUCCGUAUAAAUUCGGAUUUUACUGCAUGGUUCACCGUAUGAUUGUUUCCUAAUAAUAUAAUUAUUAAAAAAACACAAAGGACUUCAAAACAUUGACGUACCCGCGGAACUAAAAAAGGAAAAAUAACAUAUUUUCUACCUAAUCACCACUUGAAGAAGGUUCCAAGCCAAGCCAAGUUAAGCUAUUAAUUCAUGGCGUACCUAUCGUAAAAAUUUCUGUUUCUCAGACAUUCGUUUUGUCUUUCAUGUAGUUUUUUCAGUAACGACUAAAAUCAACACCACAAGGCACCGACUUCCCAGUAAAAAGUUACACGUGUUCAUACAUAAAAAAAUAUACACAUCGUAUUGUUAACCUUCUCUUUGUUUUCGUCGGUUGAAAAUUGAUGUGGAUCAGCAAAAUUCAGUAUGGUUACCACGAAUAUUGCAUAGAUGUAGUUAUUAUGAAAUGGUUAUUCGAUACUUCUACUGUCGUUUAUAGGGCAAUAUGCUGAGCGACGUACUUUAUGUCUACAAUACCUACUGGUGUCUAGUUCGAAUUUAAUAAAGCCAAAUGUUUUAUUUAAGAAUUUAAUAUUUUUUCAAGUACUUGCAAUUGAUCUAUAUAGGUUGUCAUAUUAUAUUGUAUCUAUUUAGUAAAUUAUGUAUAAUGGUACUAUCUUAAGACCAUGAUUUUUUUUGUAAAUAGCUACAUUUACUUCGUAAUGUAUCAGCUAUUAAGGUUUUAAAUAUA